GAUAUAAACUAAAAUAUAUACUUGAUACAUGUGUCAUUGAUGAAACCAAUAAUGUAGCGAGGGAAACAUCCAUUAUCAGAAAAAUCUUGCUACCUUAAAGAGAAGCAAAUGCAUGGAACAAAAAGAGAGGGAUGAAAAAAAGGAGGGGAUGUUAUUUGUGGCAAGUUUUAGGAGGGUUCCCGGACGAUCAGGCACACGGACCUGACACAACAGAGGCCGAAAGUCGUCAGUUGUUCACGGAUUGUCGAUGUGUAGACUACGAAAACUGCCGCGUGCGUUAUAAGCUCAUUUCUCCAUAUUGUGCGAUCCGCGGCUGAUUUUAUUACCCAACGUCUUAUUCCAAGAAUAUAACGUAGUAAGAAAGUUGAAGAUAUUGAUAUUACCGACAUUGUAAAUACCGAGAAAAUAUCAAGUCAUCGCGCGUGUGGCCUGCGAAAGAUUCAGCCAGCGUGAGACGAUCGGCUUAAAACGAGAGUGAGAAUUACAUCGACCACGUGACGACACAAAGUGCAAGACGCCGGCGCGCUAUAAUCAUUUCGUUCCGGAGAUAUGACAGGCAAGAGGAUCGGAGCAGAAGGGGACCCGACGACGAUAAUCGUCCACGCGGAUGUUUACACGCAAGAAGCUCCGAGCACGUCCGAGCACGAGUUCAGCGUGAUAAUGUCCUCCGGAGAACCAUCGCCUCCGGCGCAGACAUCGAUAUCCACGACGAGUUUCGACGUGCUGGACAACGCGAGGCUGGUCAACAGCGCUCCUAUAACGUCACAACCAGCGAAACCCAGCGGGGACAACACCGAGGAUACCGAGGCGAUAGAGGAAGCGGUGCCGAUCGUGCAGACGACUUUACCCGCGCCGCAGUCGAAGCCAGAGAUCGAGAAGAACGGUCUCGACACGAAGACGUCCCCCGACGAGUCGGACGUUUCCUGUCUGAUCAAUUGCAUUUACUACACGCAACAGUGCUGCGAUUGCACCAUAGUCUGAGAUCGUUCGAGGUCCUUAGUUAAAUAAUGCUGAGAAAGGAGCGUCUCGCGAAUACUCCGAUUCGACUUUCAGGAUCUCGAGGCGCUCUUCUCUUCGGCGCAAAAUUUAAAAUCUGAUUAUACAAUAAGUAUCGCGCAUUGUGAGGAUUCUUUGUGAUAUACGAGAAAUAUAUAUAUAUAGGCGGAAAUCCUCGCGGCGUGACAUGUAGAAAAUUUUAUAAAUAAAUAUAUGAAUGAGCGUGCGCGUGAUGCUCGCAGUUACACCCAAGUUUUGAAUGUGUCGUGUAAUAUUCCGAGCACCCAUUAUUCGACAAGCGACCUAAGAAACGCAAACGCGUAAAAUAAUUAUUAAUUUAUAUUUUUAGAGCGCACGCUUCAGCGGAAGUGUUUAUCGUAGUUGCAACAUGGUUGCAAAUACACACUGCCAUUCGUGGUAAACCGUAAUGGCAAGUCGUAAAGAAUGUGUCGAGAGACAUUACAAAAGUCAGUUAUUAAUUCGUAAACGCUCUUUCGAAAAUGUUAUAGAACAAAUUAUUCGCUCUACUCGUAAACGUCUUCCUUACAACCUCAAGUCAACGUUAAUGACACGAAUUUAACAGUAUUAAUCGCAACAAUCGUUUAUAACACCGCAGGCACUUGUGUCUGUCUGUAAUUUUGUAAAUUUGCGGGCAAAGAGAAUAGAUCUGUAGUAGCAUGUAAAAAAUAUAAAUGACGUAUAUAAAUUCUCUUUCGUUUUUUUUUUCGGAAAAUGAAUUAAUAUUAAAAUAAUAUCAAAUAGCAUUCCUGUAUAUUGGUAUAAGGAUGCAUUUAUUACAAACGAAGGA